GUUGCGAGCACUGUUGACAUCCAGCCAGCUAACAUUUGUUAUUCAAAACAAUCUUCACCAUGGCCGACGCAAAUUCUGUGAGAAAACCUACCCUGAACGACCAGGAACGCGAUCACGAACAACAGGCAUUCAUUGAGUUUCAAAAAGCCGACUACCAUGCAUGUCAUCAAACGCUACAGAAGCUGCUGAAAACGCAAGAUUCCAACCCCAAGGUGCUGCACAACAAGGCAGUUGUGGAGUUUUACAAUAGCGAUCUACGCCGGUACGAUCAGUUCCGUUUGGCCAUGAUGCAGCUGACCGGUUUGGUAGGUGAGAUUCGCGCGGUAGAAGUAAAAGAUCGCGAGUCUUGUGCGGCAUUCGUGAAUCAAGCGAUCGUGCUGUACCAUUUCAAACAACCACAGGCAGCUUUAAAGAUAAUGCUGGCUGUUAUGGCUCACUUUGACCGGCUGGAUGAUUAUCUGUUAAGGCGUGCUGGAAUCUUUACUGUACAUCUGCUGCUCGAUACGAACCAACCGAAGAAGGCUAAUCGAUUGCUAGGAAUGUUGCAGAACCGACUGGGCAUACAAGUGUACGCGAUUUUGAGCGAUUCCGACGAAGACGAACCACUGAUAGAUAACGAAAGUCGGAAGGACAUAUCCGAGCUGCAGUUUGAGGAGUUCCGCAAAGAGUUUCGAUUGAUAUUAAUCCGUUCGAACUUGCUCAAUGGUAAGAAGAACAUGUCGAUCCCGUUGGAAGAUACCUCGGAAUAUUCCAUCCUCAAAGGUCAUCAGUAUUUCCUGGGUAAUGAUUAUCAAAUGGCUGCGAAGGAGCUUUCAAAGCAGUUCACCAAUGAACCGGUCAGUGUGAACAAGCAUGGAGAAGACCAGAACACGAUUCUGGCAAACAAUAUGGGCGUAAUACACUUUUCGGUGAAACACUAUGCACUGGCAGCACGAUUUUUCCAGCAAGCUUUGCUGUUCGACAAAUCUGCAACGGAAGAUACAUCGACCGAAAAGGUCGAAGGUUCCCCACUCUACUGUGUCGGUGCUACCAAGCGACCUGAAAUACUGUACAACCAUGGACUUGCUUUGCUGCACCUUCAGCGUCCCAAGGAGGCUUUCGAGUGUAUGCUGAUAGUAUUGAAUUCUAAUCAUAACAAUCCACGGCUUUGGUUGCGCUUGGCCGAAUGCUGCAUUAUGGUGCACCGGCAGGAAAAACAGACACAAAAUACAAACAUAUGCCACGGUACUGUGGGCAGUGGUGUGCAUCGGAAGUACAUCCUUAAUCCUUUACCAAAAGUGGUCGUAGUUGACGGUGACCAAUCGCUUGCCAUUCCGGCUACAACGCUUGAGUUUGGAUCGCUGUGCUUACGCAAUGCGGUCACCCUGCUGGAGUUUCACGAACCGGAACUGAUCCGCCAAUCGGAGAGCAGCGAUAAAUCGGUUGCCUGGGAUAAGGUAUAUGAAGGUGUACCUUGCAAUCCUUCGCUGCCGAUGAAGCUGGUCUCGUUCAAUAAGCUCAAGUGUGCCGUCUUGGCCGCAUACGCCUAUGUGCUGAAUACUCUCGGCGAGUAUAGCUUAGCACUAAAGUAUGCGAAACAAAUGUUGGCCAUGAAGGAAUUACCACAAUCUUACUUAUUGCUCUCGCAUAUGUACGCAGCGGAAGCGCUGAUCAUGAUGAACCGACCACUGGAAGCUAUAACAUACUUGGAGCCAAAAUUUAUCACCGAACUCGCCGGGGAUGAUUUUGGUAUGCGAGCAUCACCGCACUGGAAUAUCAAUUCAGCUGAUGCUGCCCGUUCUGUAAUGCACUACAAUCGAGCAAUGGCUUCAUUUCUUAUCGGUGAUUACGAACAGGCCAAAAUAGCGAUGGGUAAUUGCAAUCAUCCGUUGGUAAUGCCUUACCUGAAGAUGCUGAACGUCUAUCAGGAACUGCUGCUAGGAAACUACGACAAAGUGCAAUUACUGAUACGAUACGAUACGCCACAUUUGAUUUAAGUUUUUGUAAGUAGCGAAUAAAACACAGAGGAAAAGAAAGUUAAUUUAAAGU